ACUGACGAAAAGCAAAAAAGAAAAAUCUACUCGUUUCGUUAGCUUAGAUUUUUCCUUUUUGAUUUUGAGGUCAGCAGAGGCCUCGAGCGUUUUGCUGUUUAAAAAUUAUAAUUUUUUAAAAGUAAAUUUCACGGGGAAAGGCAGGACGAACAGGGUAACCAAAAACAGUUGCUGUCAUGUUUUUUUGUGUGUGGCUAGUGAUGACUGUAGUCUCUGGCCCGUUUCGCGAUCACGUGUACAGUACGUGAUCUCUUGAUUCGAAAGUCUUUGUCUUUUAAAGCAAUCGCCUGCAGAUUUAUACCGAAGGGUAUUUCAACACUGAAAGUUUAUCAAUACGUAUGCAAACAAGGAAAGAAAAUGGGAAAUGGUGAAAACCCUUUCGAGCGUAACAAGGGAAGUAGUGAGGUUGAAUUGAGACCUUGUUCGGUGGCUAGCCAGGAUUUCCUUUUCGACUGUGGAGAUUAUUUGCUAAAGCGGAUCAAGGCUUCCAGCUUCACUGAGAACAAACGUUAGGAUGGUACCAUAUAUAAAGCCAUGCUCGUCCUGCAUAUUCGUAGACAGAUCUUACCGGUCGAUAGUCAAAUCAAGACUUGAUGCAACCUUAGUUCCUCGUUUUUGCCAAACAAGAAAAUGGUGCAAGAAUCCGGAUCCAAAUCUCAGUUGAACGUCAACACGGCCGUCUCACGCAAAGACACUGGAUACGUGAGUGAUCCAGCGGCUGGCAGGUCUUACAGCCAGGUUGGCACUAAGCAGCAGUAUGGCUCGUCGAGUAGAUAUUCGUCGAGUCAAAAAAUGGACUCGCAAAAGUAUGGGGCAUGGGGCCCGGUCUAUAAGAACAAAGACAAUUUUGCCAGCAUGCAUCUCUUUUAAAAUUCCACACUGAAAACGUGCAAACCUCUUGUUUUACUCACAUUUGUAAUUUAAAGAAACAUUGUAGUAUUUACAGGACUUCACAUAAAACAGAAGUUAUGUUUACAUCAUUUGGGGAAUUUUUGAAUUUUCUUAACAUUCCUUUAAGAAGUUAAAUAAACUAAAUGAAUUGUUUA